UGAUGACGUGUACGUACGGGUCCUUCUGACUUCCGGGUCUGGAUAAAUAGACUGCAACGGAGCCGCCUCACCUAAAAGAUGUCCAAAGUAACGUUUAAAAUCACCCUGACGUCGGACCCCCGGCUGCCAUACAAAGUAUUAAGUGUCCCUGAUAGCACACCUUUCACAGCGGUUUUAAAGUUUGCAGCUGAAGAGUUCAAAGUGCCAUCAGCAACCAGUGCCAUUAUAACAAAUGAUGGAAUAGGAAUCAACCCUGCCCAGACUGCAGGGAACGUAUUUCUAAAGCACGGCUCGGAGCUUCGCAUCAUUCCCAGAGACAGAGUGGGAGGACAAGGAGACUGACUUAUGCAGCAUUUCCCUGUCGAUGGCAUAAUGACUCACACCAGAGAAACACACUUACGACCCAGGAAACACCGCAGCAUGUUUCAUAUUUAUUUUUUGAGCCCACAUGACUGACAGUGACUCACAUGAGAAUAUGCAUAUUUAACGUUACUGGUGACACACAAGAGUUGAGAUGUUAUCAAGCAGGAGCUAAGGUUUAGAGUAACGACUAGAGAAAUUACCUGAAGUGCUGAGUAAUAAUUCUAAGCAAGGCAGAUUUAGAGUAACUUUUGUAUUAUUUCACAUGUCCAACAAUCAAUCGAUACAUAAACAGAUACAUUUUUUUUAUUAUUGUUUACUUUAUUUUAACCUGCAUUGUAAAUAUGGCAGCAUAACAAGUGAUUUUUUUUAAUUUUUUUUUUUUUUAAAUAAAUGUAAUCAGAUUAUUUUAAGGAAUCUUGUUACUUUGCUGAUGAAGAUAAUUAGACUGCUCACAUUAUUUCUUUCUGUAAAGCUAAUAACCCUACAACGUGCAUUACUGAUCUGUUCUGAACUUGUGCUGUGGAUGCGGUGGAAACAUCUUAUGAGCAAAUAAACUAUAAAAUUGAAUUCUGCAAACACGUAGCUCUCUGCUGCCCUCUUCCUCCAGUUUUAACCAUCAGGCUGUGCUUAGGCUGGUUGUUGAAUUUCAAGGAUAUGCAUUCUGGAUCUUCACACAUUAAAUGGAGAUAAUUACUGACGGCCCACCAGGAUUAUUUUAAUAUGCAAAUUUAAGUUGGAUUUAUUAUGAUUUGAUCAGGAGGUGCUGAGGAAAUAGGAUUUGCAUUUAAAAAGCUGUGAUUAGUAUGCAGACACCAUGAAACGGUAUCACUAUCCAUAACAUUUUUCAUUAAAUGCAUGAAGACAUUAAAUGCAUAAAAAUUUAUGUAGUAAUAAAGAAACAGAGUAACUCUUUCAAAUUGCUGCACUAGAAAAAAGCUGUUGAUCAUCUCUGCAUGAAACCCUCAUUUUCUUUUCCUGAUUUAUCCUGCUCUUAAUCGCCCAGAUUUCCCUGUCUGUCACAGGCACGCGUCUAAAUAAUGUUUUUCAAUAAUAUGCUAUUCUUUAGCCCAUUAAAAUUGGACAGACACACCAAGUUAAAAACAAGCUGCAGAGAAUAGUACAGAAAACUCAAUGUUGCCUUUCGCUAUAUCCAUUAGGAUGCAGACUCAGAUGGGAGGGAGGAGCAGGAGGGCCAUUGCAAAUGGAUUUUCUAAUUUAUUUUAAUCAAAGUCACUGCAGGGCAAAUUCAUCAGAAAUCUACUUAUGAAAUGGCAAAAAGCCACAGUGUGUCUUGGGUGCAGCAGAUGUUAUCUAUUUCAGGGCUACUGUUUAGGAGCCUAAAAUUGACUUCUUGUUACAGACUCCUUAGUACUCUAGAUAUUUGCAAAAUAGGCUUUUAUUUUUGUCUAAUGCAUACACUGGCGUGGUUGUAUGGGUUGACAAAAAAGAUGUAUUCUGUCUGAAAAUGCCAAACAGGACAGGGCACUGACAUGUGGAUCAGGGCAGGAUGGAUUGAUUGCAAUGAUUUAGAAAAUAAAGUCCACUUUCCAUCAAA